GCAGGACGGCGUUCAUCACUUGCAAACACCUGCUCUUUCCUCGGCGACACUUUUUGAUCGGUCCAGACAGGCCAGAGUAAGACAGAGAGGAACAGCCAAUACGUUCAAGUGCAUACCCUUACUUGUUCGAGAUGGCGGAAGCUAGAAUCGCUUUGACUCCUGAGGAUGAUACUGGACGGAGGAAAAGGGGUCGUCCAAAACGCGCGACCAGAGAAGACACGUCUCCAAAUAGACGGCGGACCCAGAUCAGGUUGGCACAGCGUGCAUAUCGCUCACGAAGGGAGACCGAGAUGCAGGCACUCCGUACUCGCGUUGAUGAGCUGGAAUCACUCCUCGAGCAAAUGAACGAGACAUUCCUGUCCUUCACCGACGAUCUGAUCAAAUCCGGCGCGUUGUCCACACGCCCAGCUGUCGCACGGAGGCUCCACCAGACAAUAGCGCAAUCUCUAUCGCUUACAAACGAGGCCGUGUUGGUGGCAGACGACGCCAACCCCAGCACUGCCGAGAUAAAUGCGCUGGAGACAACAGCGCCAGCUAACGACACUUGUGAGGCCGGCAAUGUCCCUAUCGCUGACAGCCAGCGAGAAGAUAGCAUCCAUUACACCUCCUCGGUGGCCCCAAGAUAUGCCUUUGCAGUACCGGACGUACCAGCACAAGUGACAUCUCUUUAUCCAUCACCGCUGUUCCUGAAUUCCCAGCCAUAUAGCACGUCUAGCCUGGAAAGCGUAAGCUUUGCCGACCGACUUUAUCGUGCUUGUAUCGAACAAGGCCAUCACUGUCUAACGAAUCCGUCAUCUCAGCUCGAGGAACUCAUGUACAAAUUCAGGCUUCCACUAACAGUCCUUCCGCUACAUAAUAUCAGAGCACACUUCGAAGAGUUCCUAAAUGGUGGAUAUCACGGAGCCCUUGUGGCAAUGAGUAUCCCUUUCAUUAGUAUUGGUGGGGCAGGGACGCAUUUCAAACACAGCCAGAGGAGCUAUGCUGUCGAAGAUGCCUGGUUCCAGCCGAGCAUGAUGCAGGCUACGACAGGACGAGUUGACUCGGAUAUGCGAGGCGACUGGUUUGAUUGUUAUGAUGUGGAGGGAUAUCUGGAUAAUUGUGGUAUCGUCCCCGUCCGUUCUCUUGCUGGCGGCCGGAGCAUUCCCCAGCAGAUGGGAAACAAAAAGAUCAUUGACGAAACUAUAUUGAUUCAACUGCUGAGGGUGUCUUGCGUGUGUCUAGGCAGAGCCCCCGGGUUUCCUCGCGGCAUUGUCGAGUCCUUCGCAACUCAGCACUCAAUUGGAUGUUCGAGCUAAUCUGGAGUACCCGAAUAAUGUUCACGGGCGUCGAAAAGUAUAGAACUUGGCUUAAUGACACAAUGUUCGCUGGAACAUCCACGGCCAAAAUAUAAAGAUUUAUGCAUAAUCACGCCUACGAUGACCUAGAGGUUCGUCCCAUGGCCAACCAAUAACUAUAGCCUGGGCUUAGAAACCAGAGUCAGAUGUCCUCUAGUCGGUAUGCGUGCGUUACUCUCACCAAACCGAUAAAGUAAUAGUCUAUGCGCUUGUUGGCGUGUAUGUGAAUGAACUCAUGGAUGUUAAUAAGCUACCAUGACCAACCAGGGGUGUUUUCUAGUUAUCCUGUGGAAAUAGAAUGGAGUCUAAUAAACAUUAGAUAUGAAACAAUUACUAAUUAGUUGGC